CUUUACAAUGGCGGCGAACAGCACGACUGUGACGGUUUUGGCUCCUAAUGGUAGAAGGCAAACCGUGAAGGUUUUUCAGAGUAUGCCUCUGUUACAGGUCUUGGAAGAAGUAUGCAAUAAACAAAACUUCAGUGCUAAAGAAUAUGAUCUAAAGUUUCAGAGGACGGUUGUGGAUUUAUCAAAACAGUGGAGGUUUGCUAAUCUGCCAAAUAAUGCCAAACUGGAAAUGGUGCCAAGUAGUCAGCAGAGAGUUGGAUUAGACAGCAUGGUUCGGAUUGCUUUGCAGUUAGAAGAUGGAUCAAGACUACAGGGUUCCUUUUUAUGCGGACAGACACUCUGGGAUCUUAUUGAUUAUUUUCCACAUACAAGGAUUGUAGAACUGCAGUUGAUGGAAUUCACUCCAGUGUGCAUUUAUAUGAGAGAUGAGAUUGUUGGAGAUGAAGGACUUAAGAAAACAACCUUAAAAUCCCUUGGUCUAACAGGGGGCAGCGCUAUUAUAAGAUAUCUUAAGAGAAAGAAAGAAGUAUCAACAUCUUCUAUUCCUGGUGAAAUUAGUGCUGAUGAUGGAUGCAGUGACAAAAUAUAUGCCCAGUCUUCAGUGGAGACAUCAAACAUAUCUAGUUGUGGUCCUCCUCAGUCUUUGAAAGAUGAAGAUGCGUCCACAGAAAAGCUGUCUUUUGCCUUGGACAACCCAAUUCAGAUGGAAAGGGCCAGCACCACAAAUCAAGUUAAAAUCCAAAAUCAGGAGUAUGUAGCGACUAAAACAGCAACUGUACAUUUGGAAGAUGAGGCAGUAAUUUUAGCGAAAUAUAAACAAACAGAAGACAGCCAUGCACCACCACAUGAAACAACUGAUGCCGAGGACAGCUCAUUACUAACUCCUGAAAAGACUAACUUUGUGCCAUUUUCUGGAGGUGGUCAACGUCUAGGCGGGCUUGAAUGUAAAUAUGAUGAGGGUGAAGGUGGAGUUUCACCUUCCAGAUCUCUGACAUCUAUUUCAAGUUCUGGAAGUCCACCAAAGGCAAAGAAGAUUCGAACAAUUGCUGAAAAAGUACCUGAAACUAGCAAGUCAGAGCAAGCACAACAUGAAGAAAUGCAUAUGGUACCAGAAGAGGAAUUAUUCAAGUCAGUGGACAGAAUGGUCGUAGUUUACCACAUGGAUGAUGAAAAACAGCACCCUAAAAAGAUGUCUGUAUUGGAUGAUUUGCCUGAUGAGUUCUUUGAGAUUACAGUUGAUGAUGUCAGGAAGAGAUUUGCUCAACUUAAAAGUGAAAGGCAGCUGCUUGAAGAAGCACCACUCUUAACAAAAGCCACAAAGGAGUCCAAGAUGAGAGAGAAGUUGAUACGUUACCCAAAGAUUAUAGUUAGAGUGCAGUUCCCUGACAGACAUGUUUUACAAGGAUUCUUUCGUCCACUUGAAACAGUUGGAGCUCUUGAGGAAUUUAUUAAAGAGCAUCUUAAUAAUCAAGGACUCUCAUUUUAUUUAUUUGUUGCACCUCCGAAACUGGUUCUGGAUGACCCUACAGCUACACUCUUCAAAGCCAACUUGUUUCCUGCAGCCCUGGUAUAUUUUGGAUCCUCUGCCAAACCUGAUUACUAUUUGAAGAAGGAACUAUUGGACAGUGCUGUUACACCUUUUGAAGCAGAUGAUCUUAUUGCAAGUUGUAUACCAAGGUCACCAACCCAAUCAUCUAGUUCAUUAGCUUCGGAAGCAACAAUUUUGCCUGUUUUGGAGACUGACUUGGAAGCCAGUGCACAAAACUCCACUACAGAUAAUUCUCACCCAAAUGGACUAGCUUCAAAACCUAAUGCUACCGAUUCCAACAAGAUGCCCAAGUGGCUAAAACUGCCAGUUUCCUCUACAGAAACCGGAUAUAAAGAAUUCAUUGUGGAUGGUGAGGGCUCCAGGUCUUGUGGCUAUAAUCUAGCCUCAAAUUACUGGAAGCUGGAUGGUUUGUCUAAGAGCCCUCGCAGCCGUCCCUCUCAGUUCAUGGUACAGACAAGAGUUGCCAUUGAACCGUGCGCUGCGACUCCUCUCAAUGAUAUCCAGGAUGCCCUGAAAGAUGAACGACCUCCUUCUGGGAACACCGGUUCAAUUGACUUUAAAUCAGUUUAUUUUGUGUAG